CUAUUGUUCCUAUGCUUGGUAGCAGUCUUGCUCUUCGCAACUCCUACCCAUGCCUUUGGCGCUGGCAACAUUGCUUCAAUCUCCAAGAUCGAAGGCAAGAACUGGCGCCAUGGUGACAUUGAAGACAUGCUCAAGACUGUUGACUGCCUAAAGAAGCACAAAUGGACUUCAAUGAUGAUCAAGCGUGUCUACUUUGGAAACUGGCUUCGUGACUACAGUCAAGCUGUUGACGUGGGCACUUUGAAAGGUGUUCCUGCAAGCACUAUUCGUAUCCUGGUCUGGGUCCUGGCUUUCAUGAGCUUUGGCUAUGCUACUGGAGAGUUCGAGGUCACCGAUGAACGCCUUGGUGUCUACCGCCCUGAGGAACACAUUGAUAAUCCUAGAAACUACGCAGACGAUAUUGACGCGAGACAGUAUGAUCAACGUCUUCGUGGUCCUGUACAACCGGAGGAGCUCGCGAUUGACCCCGACACUGGAAUGAAGAACUACAUCGCCAACGAGCGUGGUGGCUGGGCCACUUCCUCAGGCUAUGUCAGAUAUAGCUUAAAGCGAGCCAUUCACUUUGGACGCAUGUAUACUCACGGCGCAAAUAAGGGUGACGAGAAAGACCUGUGCGAAGCACUCCGCUGUCUUGGUCAAGCUCUUCAUUGUAUGGAGGACUUCGGUGCUCACACCAAUUAUACUGAGCUGGCUCUUCGUGAGCUUGGUCACAACAGCGUGUUUCCUCAUGUCGGUGUGAAUACUGAGAUCAAUCUCCGUGGCAAGCGUGUCUUCCCUUUGGUCACUGGAACUUUCGGUGGUGUCGAUUUCAUGCACUCCGUCCUUGGAGAAGCUACCGAUCAUGUCACCCAGAGCGAAGUUGAUGAGAUGCAAAGUGCUCUGAACAACGCUUCGGCGGAGGGAAAGCGCUCCGGAUCCGGUCUAGCAGGAGAGGUGUCUGGCCUUGUCAGCUUGUUGUCAAAAGUGCCAGGUACAAGUUCUCUCUGCCAAGAAGCUGUUCGUCUGCAGGCUGAGUCGGACCAAUAUGCUGCUCAGAAUGCUGGUGCAGGUGCUCGUGGCUUCGAUGACGGUGGCUACAGUCAAGACCGUGCAUGGAAUCCAGUCGCGUCUGCCAACGGCGCUGCUGAUCCCCAGGCAAUCGUCGCAAAGAUCUACCCAAUUCUCGUCUUCCGCGACAAUGUUGUUCGUAGCAUCAGCAAUAUCGUCUCCAAGAUCCCUGGUCUCGAAAGUCUCAUUGAGAAGAUUACCGAGAAGGUCACGUUGACAGUCAUGGGUCUCCUUGCACCUUACAUCACCCCUCUGAUCGCUGCCGCUUCCAACAGUCUCAAGCAAGGCAGCACCAGUGUGGUCGAGGCCAGUGGUAAGCAUCAAUAUGAGGUUUGGACUGAUCCCUUCAGCACCGACCCUACCCAUUCUUUACUUUCGAAGGACCAUUUCAGCAACAUUCUGAACGAGCCCGCUGGUAAAGUGGCUGCUUGUAUCCUACAAUACGUGGCACCUCGUGUCAUCUAUGCUUUCGACCAUCCAGAUGUGCCUGAGGACGAGGUACUCAACGAUGUCCUUCGUGCCUUCCACCAUCCUGCGAUCCGUGAUCCUCACUGCGAGAUUCAGAAGAACAUGUUCGCUGUCGUCGAAAACUGGGCUCGUUCGCGUCCAGACGGUGGUCGGGAUCUAGACAGAGUCCUUAGCUCUGAGAGUGUCAAGGCUGGACACAACCACACAGGCGGCGCAAAUCCUCAUCUCUCGUCCCACGGU